AUGCUGGGUAGGCUCCUCCGCAUUGCAGUACUGCUCCCCCUGCUGAGCGUGCGAGUGCGCAGCGAAAACGACAUUUCCGUGAAGGGCAGCCUAACCGUGGCGAAUCUCAAAAUUUCGUCCAAAGGUAACAAAGAAAAUGGCAUCCUUUUCCAGAGUAAAGAAGUAGAAUACAAGAUGGGGAUGAACCCACUAGGGCACUUCAUAAUAAGUAGGAAAAACAAGCCAAUCAUAAGUAUCGAUGAACACGAUAAUAUGAACCUGUUGAAUCAGGACCUAGUUGUGAAGACAUUAACUAUCGAUGGAAUAUUCAAGGUCCGUCAUGUAAACCAAUUCCAGAUGAUUGUACACGAGAUGUUCAGUAGCAGUACAAGUACGAAAGGAUGGUUAGGUGAUAACUUUGAUAAUUUCACAUCUGUGUGUGGUGGAAUCAAUAUGUUAGGUGGAUAUGGAAAGCUCUCCAAAGGUAGGGUUCACAAAAUAUUUGAGAAUAUCCCAAGUCAUACACAGAUUCGAAUUAAAGCAAAUUUCCAUUUCAUUGAUGAAUGGAAUUCCCAUACGGCUUAUUUAAAAGUUGGAAGAGAUGAUCAGGAGGACCUUUUUUAUGUCUGGACAGAUAGCCACUCCUCCAAGGGGGGCCUCGAAAAUGCAGUGAAUAUUUGUGGUAAUACCAUUGGUGAGUCGAAAUUCAGCUCCGUGAUCGACGUGGUCAUACCACACAACUCGAGCAAACUCAUCGUGGAGUUCGGCACCACCAUUCAGGUCGAUGACCCGAAGACUGUUUCCUGGGGCAUCUCUAACUUUCAGCUGUUCAUCGUGUGA